ACGUGUGUCACACAGCUCCUGUCAGGCAGCCGGCACAGACACAGACUGAGGAGGAUGAGAACCAUCCGCUGCUCGUACGCCCCUCUGAAAAAUAACCUGCAGGAGGCAAUAUCCAGCGAUGACUCCGAUUAUGAGAUUAUUGACGACUCUGAAGUGAACAAACAGAAAAAAGUAUGUGGAAAACCCAAAGAAGAAGUGGAGGAACCAGUUUUAAUUGGAACUAGCCAAAUUCUAGGGAGUGAUUAUGUCAAGCAGAUCGCUCAACAAUUGCCACCGAAAGUCACUGGUUAUAACUGGAGGCUGCAGUACAGCACAGACAAACAUGGCUUCAGCCUGAGGACUAUGUAUCGCACCAUGAAUACCAUCAGCUCACCGGUGUUACUGGUUGUGAAGGAUGAUGAGGGGAAGGUGUUUGGAGGCUUCUGUUCCAAUGAACUCAAGCUUAGCCCCACUUUCUACGGCACAGGAGAGACUUUCUUAUUUAGCUUUUCACCACAGUUAAAGGUUUUUCGAUGGACAGGGAACAAUAACUUUUUUGUUAGAGGGGACAUCCAGUCACUGACAUUUGGUGGAAGCAAAUGCGGUAACUUUGGUCUUUGGCUGGAUGGAGAUUUGUAUAAUGGAAGAAGUCAAUGGUGUGAAACUUUCAAUAACAGCAUACUGUCCAGCAAUGAGCAAUUCCACAUUCACAGCCUCGAAGCUUGGGCAUUCACUUGAGUUUUGAGUGAUCCAUCUUCUCAAGAGACUGUUAACAUCUUCUGCAAUUGAGUAGAGACGUUCUCCUUGACAGUGAAGGUCUAUGAUGAUUCCCUUAUCAGACAAUGAACUUGAAAUAACAUCUUUGAUCUGCCAGUGGCUGCGCUGAUCGAACAGAAACGCUGGCAGCAUUUGACUGUGAACUUUUACAAAAGACUGAUGAACAAGGGAUGUCUGUUUAAUGUAUGUAUAGAGAAAAGUGCUUGACCACUCUGUUAUGUAUCAAAAAUACAUCAAUCCA